UGCCGGCCACCGCCCCCCCGCUGCGUGAGGAAAUGGCUCUCACGUGAGGGAGGCGGCAGCGCCCGACUCACCCUGCCCGCUGCCCUGGGAGGAGGCGCCAGCGGGUCUGGGGCCGUCUGCAGCAUGCCGACGAGCUUCACGGUGGUGCCGGUGGAGGCGCAGGGCGAGGAGCGGCAGCGGGAUGGGCAGCAGCGAGAGGAGGAAGAUGAAGGCGACGAGAGAGACCGGGGCACUGGAGAUGGGAUUGCCAGGGAAAGUAGUCCAUUUAUUAAUUGUGCAGAAUUGGGCAGAGGAAGCAUGUAUGAAGGAAAGAAUAUGGCUCUCUUUGAGGAAGAAAUGGAUAGUAACCCCAUGGUGUCAUCUCUUCUGAAUAAACUAGCAAACUACACUAAUCUGACUCAAGGAGUGGUGGAACAUGAAGCAGAUGAAGACAGCAAACGAAAGGAAGUGAAGGGUCCACGAAUGGGCACCUUUAUUGGCGUAUAUCUUCCCUGUUUGCAAAACAUCUUGGGAGUUAUCCUUUUCCUGCGUUUAACAUGGAUUGUAGGAACAGCUGGAGUUCUUGAGUCUUUCAUCAUUGUGUUCAUGUGUUGUGCUUGUACUAUGCUAACUGCAAUUUCAAUGAGUGCUAUAGCAACAAAUGGCGUAGUUCCAGCUGGAGGCUCUUACUACAUGAUUUCAAGAUCUUUAGGGCCAGAGUUUGGUGGAGCAGUGGGACUUUGUUUCUACUUGGGUACAACUUUUGCAGGAGCAAUGUACAUUCUUGGUACCAUUGAAAUUUUAUUGACCUAUAUUUCUCCAAGUGCUGCUAUAUUUAAAGUGGCAGAUGCUGGUGAAGAAACAGAGGCUAUGCUGAACAACAUGAGAGUCUAUGGAACGUGUAUUGUCAUUCUGAUGGCCAUAGUAGUUUUUGUGGGAGUAAAGUAUGUCAACAAGCUUGCACUGGUCUUCCUUGCCUGUGUGAUUCUUUCCAUCAUUGCCAUAUAUGCUGGAGUUAUUAAGACUGCUUUUGAUCCACCUGACUUUCCUAUCUGUCUCCUUGGAAACCGUACAUUGUCAAAACGCAGCUUUGAUGUCUGUGCCAAAUUUACUGAAAGCAAUAAUGAAACAAAGACUACCCCUUUGUGGCUCCUGUUCUGUGAUAGUUCUUUGCUUAAUGCUACAUGUGAUGACUACUUUAGUCUCAAUAAUGUAACAGAAAUUCAAGGAAUUCCAGGAAUAAUGAGUGGAGUUCUAACUGAUAAUCUCUGGAGUGCCUAUUCAGAAAAAGGAUCAAUAGUUGAGAAAAAAGAUCAGCCAUCAGUUGCUGGAUCAGAAGAAUCAAAAAUGGGUGGACUUCCUUAUGUUUUUACAGACAUCAUGACCUACUUCACAAUGCUUGUAGGGAUUUAUUUCCCAUCUGUGACAGGUAUUAUGGCAGGUUCAAAUAGAUCUGGAGAUCUAAAGGAUGCUCAGAAAUCUAUUCCUACUGGAACAAUUUUGGCUAUUUCAACUACAUCUUUUAUUUAUCUCUCCUGUAUAGUGUUGUUUGGUGCCUGUAUAGAAGGUGUAAUAUUAAGAGAUAAGUUUGGAGAAGCAGUUAAUGGAAAUCUGGUGGUUGGUACACUAGCCUGGCCUUCUCCAUGGGUUAUUGUGAUUGGUUCAUUCUUUUCAACAUGCGGUGCUGGUCUCCAGAGUCUCACUGGUGCACCCCGGCUAUUGCAGGCCAUUGCAAGAGAUGGCAUUGUACCAUUUAUUCAAAUAUUUGGUCAUGGAAAAGCAAAUGGAGAACCUACUUGGGCUCUGCUUCUCACUGUUGGUAUUUGUGAAAUAGGAAUUUUGAUAGCCUCAUUGGACAGUGUAGCACCGAUUCUUUCAAUGUUUUUCCUUAUGUGCUAUAUGUUUGUAAAUCUGGCUUGUGCAGUUCAGACGCUUUUGCGAACUCCCAACUGGAGACCUCGUUUCAAGUAUUACCACUGGACUCUUUCAUUCGUGGGGAUGAGUUUAUGUCUUGCCUUGAUGUUCAUUUGCUCUUGGUACUAUGCUUUGAUUGCCAUGCUAAUCGCAGGAUGUAUAUACAAAUACAUAGAAUAUAGAGGAGCGGAAAAAGAAUGGGGCGAUGGAAUCCGAGGACUGUCUCUGAAUGCAGCUCGCUAUGCUUUGCUUCGUGUUGAAGACGGUCCUCCUCACACCAAGAACUGGAGGCCGCAACUUUUGGUCUUGUUAAACUUGGAUAAUGAGCAGUUAGUCAAACACCCUAGAUUGCUUUCUUUUACCUCUCAGUUGAAGGCUGGUAAAGGACUGACUAUUGUGGGUUCUGUGCUUCAGGGAAUCUACUUAGACAAAUGUACAGAAACUCACAAAGCUGAAGAGAAUGUUAAGGCCUUAAUGGGUGUAGAAAAGACUAAAGGAUUUUGCCAGAUUGUGGUAUCUCCUAACUUCAGAGAUGGAAUAUCCUAUUUGAUUCAGUCAGCUGGUCUAGGAGGGAUGAAGCACAACACGGUCCUGAUGGCAUGGCCACAAUCGUGGAAGCAGGCAGAAAAUCGUUUCUCAUGGAAAAAUUUUGUUGAUACUGUACGAGAAACAACUUCAGCUCAACAAGCACUUUUGGUGGCUAAAAACAUUGACUUAUUUCCAACAAAUCAAGAACGUUUUACUGAAGGAAAUAUAGAUGUGUGGUGGAUUGUUCAUGAUGGUGGUAUGCUGAUGUUGCUGCCUUUCCUCCUUCGACAGCACAAGGUUUGGAGAAAAUGUAAAAUGCGUAUCUUCACCGUUGCUCAAAUGGAUGAUAAUAGCAUUCAAAUGAAGAAGGAUCUUCAGAUGUUCUUAUACCACCUUAGACUAAAUGCUCAAGUGGAAGUUGUUGAAAUGUUUGAAAAUGAUAUUUCUGCGUUCACAUAUGAGAAGACACUUAUGAUGGAACAGCGAUCUCAGAUGCUAAAACAGAUGCAGCUAUCAAAGAAUGAAAGAGAAAGGGAGGCUCAGCUGAUCCAUGAUAAAAACACUGCCUCACGCUCUGCUCCAGCAGUUGAAGCAAGUGUGGCUGCUGCUGUACCAGAGAAAGUGCAAAUGACCUGGACUAAAGAAAAGUUUGUAGCGGAAAAGCAUAAAAACAAGGAUUCCAAUGUGUCUGGCUUUAAAGAUAUUUUCAACAUGAAGCCAUAAGAGCUACUCCCUGUGUCAAACCAACGUAGUAUACACAAAAACAAUGACAGAGGGAAACCAGCUUGUUUGUUUCCUCAUGUUGUGAUUUUAAGCAUGCACAUGCAUCUUUUCUCAGCUCUGCAAGAAAGCUGCACUUAGAAACAUAGCUUAAAUUAUUUUCUACACAUGACCAAACCAAAACUGUGGAUGUCAAGGGAAAUCUUAAUAUCUAAAUGAAACACAUCUUAAAUCUAGGACUUGUAGGCAAUGCAGUUAGACAGCAUAUUUAAAGUUAGUACCUUAAAGUCCUGAGUCUUGGAUUUGCAUUGAGCUCUUUAGAAAUAGCUUGCCUUCUGCACAUUCCAAAAAUUAUUGUGCUCAUGCUCUAAAGCAUUGUCCUAGGCAGCAUUAUGCUCUAAUUAUUAGGGGUUUUUAAAAUUCAUAUCUUUGAAACGUUUCCUAUUACUACUUUAGAAUGGUGCAAAACACUGAUUUCAGAUAUUAUUAUUUUAAGACUACUGUAUAUAGUUGGGUAGAAAUUAAAGUUCAAACUUGGUGUGCCUGUACAGUAUAUUAAUAUUGUUGACUUUAAAAUGGCAUAAUAAUAAUAAUAAUGAUGAUGAUGAUGAUGAUGUUGACUUUACCUGAUGGCAUAAUUUUUUUUUUCUAUGCAUUUGCUUCCCUUUCACAUAGAGAAUGGGAAAAUCUGUAAGUCUAAAUUUCAUUUCACCUAAACAACAUAGGCUGGGUUCUCUGGUUAUUGUGAUCUUGUACAUUGUGUGCUUGCUUCUAAACUGUAAUUUGCAAUGCAUGUAUUUUUUUGUUUCUUGUUUAAUACACUCUGAUUUAGCACAUCACUGAAAAAAUAUCAUUGUGACUUUUUAAUAUUCUCUUAAAUAUGAUCAACUUUCUAUUCAAGGUAAGUCAGAAAACCUGUGUUAUAGUUUCUGUAAGAAUAUAAAGCUUGACAGUACUUCUCUGCACCAGCAUAUUUAGUGUUUUAAUUAACUACAUUAAAAAUGAAUUAUUUUUUCUGGAAAAAUAGGCUCCCAUUGUUCUAUAACUACUUGGACAGUAUUUGCUCAUAAAGGGAACUUUCAUGUUUCAUCAAAAGUCAGUUCUUGCCUGCGUUCUACCAACCCAUGCAUGUGUAGAAAUAACAUAAGUUUGGACAUACUUUGGGUAUGACAGCACACAAAAAUGGAAUGCAACAUCUCUUGAGUGGAACUCACUUGACUGCUCUGCUUUUUUUAAGAGUUAAGCAUUUUCUUAAUUUUAUCUGCUUAACAAAUUGAGCUUCUUAUAAAAAUUUUGGAAGUUUAUUUUGUCUACUGUGUAUGAUUUCAGUUCCACCCGUGCUUGAAGGAUAAGUGAUGUUAGCCUCAGUUCACAUUUUACACAUCAUGAGCCUUUAUUUCAAUGCUGAAUUUUUGCCCACUCUGUCACAAAGUUACACCCUGCAUUUUAUUUUUAGUUUAACAAUGUUUCCGUUUCAAUAUUUACGCUUCUCAGUUAGACAAUCUUGCCUCUCUUCAUAGUUCUUUUUAGUCUUCUCAAAAUGUAAUUCUGCUUCCAAAAAAUGGAACUUCAAGCUUUCCUUUGUUCCAUAUAUAGUUUUUGUACACUUGGUUCUUAGGAUAGCUGGCCACCAUGAUAGAAAAUCUUCCAGGAGGGACAGAUAAACUCAGUUUUAGAAAUAUCAUUCUCUUAUAGCGGGGAAGAUGGGAGGUAGCAGGGCAUGAAGAGUCAUUGAUAGGGCUGGUUUCCACUGGCCACUAAAUUUCAGGGCAAAUUACUUUUAACUAUUUAUUUGGGGGAAAAAACCAAACAUACAAACCCUACUUUUAGGCAGCAUAUUUUGUAGAUAAAUGGACUAAGGUAGAGUUUGAAUAUUUUUGUCACACUGUAGCAUAUGACUUAUUUCCAACCUUGGUUAACUCUACACACAGUUCCUGUUUCUCAGGAACUGUAAGGAAACUGUUCUUUUGUUCUGAAAAACCACUGAACCAUAAAAAAAGAUACUAAAAUAAGGACAUUUUAAAAACCCUAGCAGUUUUUUCUUCUUGUGCACAGAUCUACAACAAUUAUAUUUGUAGGUGAAACAAGGAAAAUAUUAGGUAAUGUUGAUAGUGUAAAGGGAUAAGCUCAAUUUCAUUUCACUGCUUACUGCCAUACUGUUACAAUAUAGGAAGUUAGCAUUUUUUUCAAAAUUCUAUGGUGUUUCUGAAUUUUCUUCACCAACUGGUAGAAUUUAGUAAUGUUUCCAAAGGAGCAUGAGUAAAAUCUUUUAGUGUACAACAUACAUAUUUUGAUCUUUCCAUUGCAGUCCUGUAAUUUCAUUGUUUGGAAAUUCUUGUAUAAAUCCAGUUACUUUUUUAUGUAAGUCAAUAAACAAGAUUCUUAGUGGUUCUCGUCUGACCUGUAACAUCUAUUGAAACCAUUUUUAAUUCAUCUUGGUAAAAGAUAAUGGACAACUGGAAGAUUUGUGCAUUUUGGCAAUUUACUUGGAACUGCUUGAAUUUCAGAGUUAAACGUUCUUGUCAAAAGUAUUACAUUUAAUUUACUUUGAAUAUGUACAUAUACUAGUAUCCAUGAAAAUACCUUGUUUUACAUACUUAUAAUUUCAAAUAAAUAUUGUAUGAUUCAAUUAUGUAAGUGUUAUAACAAUA